UCAAGCUGAAAUAGUGAAAUGAAAACGAAUGAACGAUCCUUAGGUUAGAAAAAGGGCAAACGAAAUCUCGUAGCCAGAGUGAGACACAAGAGACGAUCCCUAUCAGCUCUCGGUUCCUUAGCAAUGGCUUUCGCUUCUCGAUUCCUGUCCAGAUCCAGCCGUCAGGUAUAUAGUGGUCAGAUCAUCUUGCGACCAGAUUGUGCAAUUCCAGUUCGUUCCUUUUCCAAAGGAGCUGGUGCCCCUGCUGCAUUCAAGGGCGAUGAAAUGUUGAAGAAUGUUUUUCUUGAUAUCAAGAAAAAAUUUGAGACAGCAAUUGGCAUCCUCCGAACAGAGAAGAUCACUAUAGAUCCUGAAGACCCUGCUGCUGUGGCUCAAUAUGCAAAAGUCAUGAAGACUGUAAGGGAAAAGGCGAAUAUCCUAUCAGAAUCUGAAAAGGUGAAAGAAGUUAUCGAUACACAAACAAAGGAGAUUCCAGAUGCCAGGACUUAUUUGCUGACACUGAAGGAGAUACGUAUUAAGAGAGGCCUUCCCGAUUCCCAUGGCAUCGAGGAAAAGAUGAUGAAUGCAUUGGAUAAGAUAGAGAAAGAAAUUAAGAAGCCACUAAUGAGGAAUGACAAAAAGGGGAUAGCACUCCUUACUGCAGAGUUUGAUAAGAUCAACCAGAAAAUUGGCAUUGCCAGACAAGAUCUGCCCAAAUAUGAAGAAAAAUUGGAACUUAGUGUUGCAAAAGCUCAACUAGAAGAAUUGAAGAAGGAGGCCCAUGAGGCAAUGCUAACUCAGCUGAAGAAGGAGGAGAACUAUGAUGAGAACAUGUCGAAAGAGUUGAUGCCUAAUGUGAAGUCGUUGGACAUUAGAAACUUUCUCUGAGAAGAGCAUCAGGUGGAAGAUUUCUCUUUGUGCAUUUCAUUCAUGUUAGCAUAAUGAGUUCCUAAGUGGUCUCCGCUACACUCCAAACAGUGCUUUCCUGGUGAAAUGUUUCUUUUUAGCGCUGGACUUUUUAAAAUAAAUUUAUUGGCCAAGUAAUUGGAUAAUAUUUGUGCAAUAUUGCCACAAGAGAAAUCAAUGCAAUGUGAUUUCUUUUGAAGCUAGACAAUGACGACAACGUUGCUAUGUUGAUAUUUUUGAUCCAAACAGUGUUCUUCCAAAAUUCCACCAAAAACAACUGUCUUUACACCCUCGCCUUUUUUUGUUGAUCGGAUGAGAGCACAAAGGUACUGAACUUGACUUGGCAUCCAAGUAAAACACCUUUCAUUCG